AUAUUUCUCGAGAGGCCGCAAGAUUCUACACCGAUUUUGUGCGUCCGUUUUUUCUGACUGGACCUAGUUUACAUCUACCUCGGGGUCGUCCUAGCGUGGACCGGUGCGGAUAUCUGUUAAAUAGUUGAAGCCCACUUGUGACUCCUUUGACUAACCCCGGUAUACAAUGUCACCUGUUUAUCUACAUGUGUGUAUUAAACGAAGCUACUCCUCCCUCUCGUGACCAUUGUAUGCGUGAAACAGCGAAAAGAGGGACAAAGCAAAGUUUUAGUAAUGGCGACCCCCACCUCGCCCCGGGCAGAGGAAAGACAAAGGGCCCGACUGGACAAAUUGGAAGAAAAAUGGAACAUGCUCUUUAAUACGAAAACAAGACCACCGAUCUACUGCGUGGGUAUGUACGUGGAGUGUCUGCAUCAGUACUGUGAUAAUAAGGAGAUUGUUUUCCUGUCUACAAACGAUCAUUACAAACAACCACCCGUCCAUCCAGUGUCAAAUCUUCUGCAGAAACUUCGGCUAGACCUGAAAAUGUCUUACCAAUGGUUUAUCGAAGAUUUUUGCACGAAAGAGAACGACGGGCUAACGUUACUGCUGACGUUGUUGCGAAACACUCAGAAGACUACGAAAGAAAUGACAUCAGUUCCGUCAAAAGAAAGAGCCCAAAGCAGGAAACGCUUACUGACAGACGAAUUCGAUUGCCUGGUCUGCAUCAAAUUUUGCCUCCGUGCUCAGGUGGCAAGCAAGAUCUUACUGGAGUCGACGUAUGGACUAGAGAGCGUUGCUUCUGCACUAAUGAGUUCUUACACGAAGUCGAGAGUCACGGCACUGGAGAUCAUGAGUUUAAUUCUGAGAGAGCCUGGUGGAUUCAGCAGAAAUAUCGACUGUUUCACAUACUUCCGUCUGAAAAACUGCGAACCUGUCAGAUUCAAGUUCCUUGUCAGCAUGCUUACGUCACGAUCAGAUGAUUCUCUCUCCUUCCAGAUUUGCUGUAUGAGGUUUUUGAAUUCUCUGAUUGCCUUCGCUCCUAAUUCCAACAUCAAAGUUUUCCUGCAGACUGAAUUAGAAAUGGCUGGAGUGGACUGUGAUCUCCUCUUCCUUAUGAUAGAAGACAGCAAAGUUCCGGAAAAACACGACUUUGUUAAAGAAGUCUUUGACUUCCAGAACAGCAAAAUUGAUGUCGACGCUGUUGUUGAAACGAAUAAAACAUUGCAUGAAAAGAUUACCACACUGAGAAAUCAAGUGAAUUUACAGUGUUCACAGCCAGACAAACCCAUAUCAGUGAAAACAAAGCCUGCUCCACCACCCCCGCCACCGCCAAUUACCCCUCUCAAUCACCAGCCUCGAUCUCGCCACAUUCCUGAUGGGCCUAGGCCUGCAAAGACGACUGACAUAUGUGUCCAGAAUAAGCCCUCUGUAACUGCUAAUGUCGAUGUUCAUGUACAAAGUGUUCAAGGUCAAACGCCAGCAAACCAAAGCCUUUCAGCUUGCCUGCAAGAACUAAAAACCAUACAUAACAAAGAAAACACUCAUAACAAAAAGUGUCGUGAUGAUGAAAAUAAAGACCAAAAUAUCCCCUUUUCUCCACGAGCAAACAUGCCAUAUUUGAAUUGGGUUGUGAUUGGGGAUGUAGAAAACACGGUGUUCAAGAGUCUUAACUACGAGAGAAUAUUGGAAGAAAUAGAGUUGUUUGAACUGGAAGAAAGCUUCAAGAUUGGUCAAGAACCAAAACAAGAUUGUCCCAAACCACUAAGAGAGGGAGUUUCAAAAUCGAAAAUUCGGUUUAUGGAAUCUUCGAGAGCCAAGAACCUCUCCAUUUUGCAGAAGAAAAUCGGACGAACUCCAAUCGAGAUCAAAGAAUUGAUCGAGGAGUAUGAUGUGAGCGCACUGUUACCUGACAACGCCGAAUUACUUCUUAAGUUCAUUCCAAGCGAAACCGAGAUGAGAACCAUUAUGGAAUUGGAGUUUCAGCUUGAAGAACUGGACGAAGCAGAACAAAUGUUGGUGCAAUUGAUGUCCAUUGCCAGACUUCAAGAGCGUUUACGGUUGAUGAUUUUUAUGGAGAAUUUUCCUCGCGUGGCUGAAACGCUUCUACAGCCAAUCUCAGACUUAAAGAAGAUGUCGACUAGUUUGCUUCGAUGCACAAAACUGAAGAAAAUUUUCGAGAUCAUCUUAGCGGUUGGCAAUUUCAUCAAUGGAAACCGGAAACAAGCAUUUGGAUUCAGAGUAGCGUCUUUACCACUGUUGGAGCAAAUUCGAUCGGGAGACAGAUCACUGAACCUCCUGGAAUACAUCGCAGAACUUGUAGUACGUCACUCUUAUGAAGAUCACAACUGGUAUGAUGACCUUGACCUUCACAAUACCACUACAGCAUCGUUUCAAUCAUUGUUAGCGUCCGUCAAAGACAUAAACGUUUGUAUGACCAUUCUACAACGAGAAAUCAACGAGACCUGCAGCGAACGUCUUGUUUUAUUCCAAGAGAAGAUGUCAUCAAUGUGUUGUAAAAUUCAAGAGGAGUUUCAGAAAAUGGAGAUGGCGUAUAACUCUGUGUGUUUGAUGUUUGGAGAGAAUUCCUCGGAAUUAGACUCGCAGGAAUUCUUCAAGAUUUUAUACAGUUUCGCAGACUCAUACAAGAAAGCUGAUAAGCAGUUAAAUAGGCAAAGAUGGCGGAAAGGAAUCACUCUUUCAAAGGGGAAUUCUAUCAAUCCCACACUCGUCAAUGAAAAGACAGCGGAGAUGCUGUCUCCUAAAUUUAGCCCUCAUACAUCGGCCAAUCCUACUGCGAAGGCUCUUGCAUCAGGUAAACGCCAUCCCGAAGACAGUACGACGGUAAAACAUGAACAUGUCUUUACGUAUGAGAACUGUGAUAUUGCCGAGAAGGAGAUAGUUAUCAUGUCGGAACAAAGCAUAGAAGACUGGGUAGUGAAUAGCCCGCAUCCUUCCGCAUGUACGGACGUUUUACGCGAGGAGUCUUUCGCAAGAAUUCAAAACUUGGACCCACCUAAAGAAGAGAACGAUAGUAUUUUUGACUAUGACACUGCUAGUGAGGAUAGCGCGUUUGUUGGUUCAGAGGGUCAAUAUCUCCGGUCCUCUACCAGUAGAACUUUCAAUUUUAAUGACCGGAUCCUACAACAUGGCUACUACACCUCGCUCCGGAAACCAAGCCCUCCUCCGGAACCUAUACCAGAUUACUCUGUCUGCGGAACAGUUCGAAUUGCGGACGAGGUUGAACGGGUGCUUAAUGAUUUUGAAGGGAAACUAAAUGAGUACUGUACUAUCUCCAAUGUACCUGCUCAUCAAGGUUAUGUGGACAGGAGAUCUGAAAUUUACAUUUAAUGAAUUAAUGCAUUUCUGGUAUGGACUGAUUCAUUAUUUUGCUUGAAAGCAAACUUCAUUUGCGCUGCAUAUCAUACAUACUUUAUGAAAUCAAUGUGAUGAAGGAACUGUGCAAUAGUUUUCUGAUAUUUAAUAAAAAGAUAUGUAAGUUGAA